AAGGCGUGCACCUUGUCAUCAGAUGUGAUAAAAAAUCUGAUUACAACUUAUAAAGUUAUACAAAUAAAAUUUUAAUAAACGCCCUACUGCUGAGCAGUAAUAAUUAAAAAAAAGAUUCUUUACGUUUGUAAUUUUUUUUAAUUAAUUGGUGUUCUAAAUAUAAUUUUUAGUAAUCAUGGCUUUACCACCUACUCUGGAAAAUCUGUUUAGGCAUAUUGAUGCCCAUAAAUCGGAAUACAUAAAAAAUCUUGCAGAAGUCGUUGCUAUCAAAUCGGUCUCAGGAUGGCCAGACAAAAGAGACGAGGUUGUACGAAUGAUGAAAUGGGCUGAAGAAAAAAUGAAAUCUUUGGGUGCAACAACCGAAUUAGCUGAUAUUGGUAAACAAGAAUUACCUGGUGGACAGGUAAUUCCAUUGCCACCAGUUCUACUUGGUCAAUUAGGAACAGAUCCAAAGAAAAAGACUGUUCUUAUUUAUGGACAUCUUGAUGUUCAACCUGCCUUAAAAGAAGAUGGAUGGGAUACUGAACCAUUCACAUUAGUUGAGAAGAAUGGAAAACUUUACGGAAGAGGAAGUACAGAUGAUAAGGGUCCAGUUUUAUGUUGGAUUCACGCUUUAGAAGGUUAUAAAGCAUUGGGUAUUGACAUUCCAGUUAAUGUUAAGUUUGUCUUCGAGGGAAUGGAAGAAAGUGGAAGUGAAGGUUUAGAUGAUCUUUUAUAUGCUCGAAAAGAAUCAUUUCUCAAAGAUGUUGAUUAUGUUUGUAUUUCUGAUAAUUAUUGGCUGGGAACAACAAAACCAUGUAUUACCUAUGGUCUUCGGGGUGUUUGUUAUUUUUUCCUUGAAGUUAAAUGUGCCGAUAAAGAUUUACAUAGUGGCUCAUUUGGUGGUUCAGUUCAUGAGGCAAUGUCAGAUGUUAUUUAUCUUAUGAAUUCAUUAGUUGAUGUGAAGGGAAAAAUUUUAAUCGAUGGAAUGUAUGAUAAUGUUGCUGAAUUACUUGAAACAGAAAUAAAAUCAUACGAUAAUAUUGAAUUUGAUAUUGAAGAAUUUCGCAAUAAUAUUGGAUGCACUAAACUUGCUCACGAGGAUAAGAAACAAUUACUGAUGCACAGAUGGCGACAACCGAGUCUCUCGCUUCAUGGUAUUGAGGGUGCUUUCAGUGAACCGGGAUCAAAAACUGUUAUUCCAGGAAAAGUUGUUGGUAAAUUUUCGAUAAGAAUAGUGCCAAAUAUGACUCCCGAUGAGGUGGAACAAAAAGUAGUGAAUUAUUUACAAAAACAAUGGACAUUAAGAAAGAGUCCAAAUAGUAUGAAAAUUUCAAUGAAUCAUGGAGGAAAAGCAUGGACUGAAAAUCCAGAUCAUCCUAAUUAUUUAGCAGCACGAAUUGCAACAAAACAUGUUUAUAAAAUUGAUCCAGAUUUGUCCCGUGAAGGUGGAUCUAUACCUGUGACACUCACUUUUCAAGAAGUCACUGGCAAAAGUGUUCUAUUAUUGCCAGUUGGUGCUGGUGAUGAUGGCGCACAUUCACAGAAUGAAAAAGUCGAUGUUCGCAAUUACAUUGAAGGAACAAAACUACUUGGAGCAUAUCUUUAUGAAGUUGCUCAACUUUAAAACAAUAAUAUCAGAAGAGAAUUUCCGAACAGUGCCAGAAUCAUACAUUUUUUUGUAUUAUUUCGGAAAUUGUGAUCAUCACAAUAAACUGGUUUGUGGUAUGAAUAUUAUUAUUUUUCACAAAUUUAAUACAUUUAUAAAGAAUACGGAUAAUAAAGUUUUAUUAACUUGAAA